UCCCUAUGGACGUCCAUCCUUUGUCCAUACACCCCCAUUCUUCUCAUUGAUACUUCUUUCUCGACCCUCUUUGUCUCGUUCGCGCUUGCUUCCUGACCAUGGGCCAAGGUUCUUCUCGCCCAGAAGAGUCCCAUCGACGCUCAAGGUUACAUCGAGUCUCGACCUCUUUGGCUUCUCUCUACCGUCCUCGCCGCACAGCUCCUCGCGAUACCAUUUCAGCUCCUUCUCAGCCGCGUCCAAACUCUGCUGCUGCUCCCUCACCUUCGCGGAGGUUACGACCUCGUCCACACUCCGUCGCCGACGGCCCCUCCCAUUUCCAUAUACCCCGACUUCAGCUAGGUGACAGCUUAGACCUGGACUUCGACUCUCUUCAGACUCGUGACGAUGUUUUAUUUACGAGGCGACAAAACACUUCAAGCCGCAGACGGGAAGAUAGGCGUUCUUAUUUUGAUCGUAUGACCAGCCUUCGACCUCGACGCCGUCGAUCACCGUUGAGACGCGAAGAAGACCAAGCCGCUUUCCUUUCACGACUUCUAUCCGUAGCAGCAGCGACUACUGCUGCGUCGUUGGUGGGCGAGGAUCACCGAUCGAUCACAAACACGAGACAUCUAGGUGGCCAUAAUGAAGACAGUACAUUCGAUGGCUUCCUCGAGGCCCUCGAAAACGGUCGAAUUGCGUCAGCUCUACGUGGGGAAAACAUCAAUGGUGAUCAUCAAGGCGGUAUGCCUGCCCCACUCAACUUCUUCAGGAUGUUCAGAUUCCCUUCAAACAGCGGCAAUCGCAGGCUGGACAAUCGACCGUCAAGCAAUAGCACCGAUGAACCGAAUGGGGAGGAUGAGGGCAGGAUGGUACCGAUAAUCAUCGUCGGCAUCAGAUCUGUAAAUCCUGGUCCAGGUGCUUCACAUGAUGACAAUAUUCCUCCUUUCCUCGACGCUCUUUCGACUUUCCCUAGUACGCUCAACAAUAGUGGCGGGAAUGCUAUAGAUGGGCUCCUCCACCGACCAGCUCCCACAACCAGAUUCAGUCACAGAAGGCGUGCAUCUGUGGGUGGCUUUCCUACUACGUACGACAAUCAAAGACACCACCCGCGACCUCCACCAUCUACUCCUGCAAGCUCUGCCCUUUCUGCAGUAUCGUCUGGCGAGACAACUCCUACCCGUAGUUCCUCCACUGCCCCGCAUUCCGCUGCGGCGUCUGCUGCCUCAUCACGACGCGAUAGCUUCGUUCGACGAACGGCUGGAGGCCUCGAGCCGACGGCCGAGGAGCCUACACAACAGCGAACACCUAGAACACGGAGGCUAAGCGAAUCAGAUUUCACUAGAUUUGGCUCAGGGGCAUCGCGCCGAAAUGGCGUGGUAGAGCCAGAUCAUAAUCCCGGAGAGGGUUCAAGAAGCUGGAUUAUUUACGUCCUUGGUGGCAGCUAUCCGGAGAAUCAUCCUAUAGUCACAACUCCCAGUCUUUUCACUGAUUCACCUACGUACGAAGACAUGGUUCUGCUUUCGGCCCUGCUUGGCCCAGCAAAGCCUCCCGUGGCAUCGGAAGCUGAUGUAGCAUCUGCACCGGGUUUAUUCGCGAUCAUUGCCGGCGAGGAUGGUACCAUCAUAGCUGUGCCAGAGCCGGUGCCUCAAACGCAAAAUGUCACAGGUGAAACAGCGUCGACAGAGGAUAACAAUGUCUUGUCCGGGAAACUAGAGGACGAAUUAAAAGAAGCCUCUUCGCCAGAAAUCAUAACCAUUGCGCAAGAUCAGCGUUGUCUUGUGUGUCUGAGUGAGUUCGAAGUCGGUGAACAAGCUCGAAAACUAAGUCAAUGCGGUCACUUCUUCCACCGUGAAUGUAUUGAUCACUGGCUUCUUAAUGGUCGCAAUUCCUGUCCCCUCUGUCGGCGGCAAGGAGUGGACGAGAAACCGUCAACAGCCCCGGAAAGCCCAAAUUCAGAUACAAUGACUUUCACGGACGAUGCUGAUGACGAAAGCACUUUAGUCCCAUCAGAUGGGGCCGAGGUCGCCGAUCAAUACUCUCAGACGGCGACCUCUUCGUAACGAAUUUCCUAGUAAACAUAAGUUUGGAGCGCAUACUUCUUGUUUCUUCUUCAUGGUGUUAAGCUGGAGAGAUCUUAACGUAGCGCAACGAUGGGUAAGCGUGGCAGGCUACACGCAAGGACAUAGGACGACACAGUACAGGCGCAUCAGGAUCCGGAAACCGCAACACCUAUAGUCUCGCAUCUUUUAUUGAUCACGUGAAGCAUGAUGGAUGGGUGAGGGCAUAUGGAGAAUACCCUUUUAAUGAGAAAUCAACGCAUCACGUAGCUAUAUCAAUGAUCUCCAUCCGUACCCACUACUGUCGGU